CACUUUGUCCCUCCAAUUGUAAUCUAAUCUACAAUUGAUUAAUCAUCUUCUUUGUUUUUCUUCUCAAUCAUCACCUCUAUUAUCAAUUGGUGAGUGUGUCGUUGAUCCUCAAAUCAUCAAUUAAGAGCGUGCAACAAGUUGACAAUUAGUCUUCCAUUGAUUGUAGAAAUUAAAACCUAAUGUGAUCAUUUCCAUUUCUCAUCUUGUUUUAAUUUUACCUCAUCUUUUGUUUAUUUUCCUGUUCUCAAGUGUCAACCGACAUUCGUGAUGUUUCAACAAUCAACGCUCGAGAAAACCUUUGAUAGUUCACGAUUUAGUAAUCAUGGUAGUUUAACGAGAUACGGAGGUGGAUCAACUUACGCUUACAAUAGUGGAUCUACUCGAAUACGAUUAAGUCGAGAUUCAAGUUCAUUCAUUCACGAAAGUUACAAUUCAAGCCUCGAUUUUCCUGCUUACAUCCCAUGGCAAACACUUUCCAGCGACGUUUCCGAUAAACUGAAAACUGGAUCAAUCAAAAUAAACAAAUGUAAUUGUGUCGAAUGGACAACAAUCAAGGAAGAAAAUGAACGACUACCUUUGCUGGAGAGAAAAAGUUCCAACCACGAAAAUGGAUUACGAGAUCUCGGAGUUUCCGAAGCAGUGGCUGGUGGCAUUUCCUGGCCCGUUGCUGCCUUUCUGUUGGUUAAUUGUGCUCUUGGUGCUGGUGUUUUGAACUACCCAGCAGCUUAUGAUCGACUCGGUGGUGUCACAAUCGCAACUGCAAUUCAAAUUUUUAUGAUGGCAAUUCUUGCAUCUACAAUGAUUAUCUUGGUCUACGCUUCGGACAUAAACAAAGAUGACACUUAUCACGAUGUCCUUUUAUCUCUGUGUGGGAAAAAAGCUCAACAAUUAUCGGCCAUUUCGAUUCUUUUAACAUGUUAUGGUGUUUGUGUUACAUUUCUAAUCAUAAUCGGUGAUCAAUAUGAUCGAGUUUUCGCUUCGCAUCUCACUGAGUGCGUUUGGUACAUUGAUCGACGAUUCACCAUUUCAGUGACCACGAUUUUCCUCAUUUUACCGAUGUGUUACUUUCGACGACUUGAUUUUCUUAGAUAUGCUGGGACAUUAGGUGUAUUCGCUAUGUUAUAUGUGGUCUUCUUAAAUGUAUAUGAAUACUUUAAAUUAGAUAUUCCAAAUCCACCGAUCAGAACCAAGCCAAGUUCACUCACCUCAAUGGUUGCUGUUUUUCCCGUUAUCUGUUUCGCCUACCAGUCACAUGAAAUCACCGUUCCAGUUUAUGCCUGUAUGGCUAAGAGAAACAUCACCAAUUUCACCAAAGCGACCAUCUUGUCUUUGGCCAUUCUCUUUUUACUUUGUUCGGCAGCGGGUACAACAGGUUAUCUCACCUUUGGGAGCAAUGUGACACCCGACAUUAUGGCUUUGUACAGUGCUAAAGAUCCCGUGGUUAUGAUCGGAAUUUUAGCUUUGGUGGUUAAAAUGGUGACCACUUAUCCGUCGAUGAUUUUGUGCGGCAGAGGAGCUUUAGAUGGUCUUUAUGCUGAAUUUUUCCAAUUAUCUGCUGCCGAAUUCAUGAAAGGGGAGAAACGACGGAGGAUCAUCAUCACAACGAUUUGGUGCAUUUCGUCCCUUUUUGCGGCGAUUCUGACACCGAACAUUGGAAUCUUGAUCCAACUUCUUGGAUCUUUGGCUUCAGCGAAUGUUUUUAUUUUCCCAUCGCUUUGUCUUCUUGCGAUCGCUCGCAGGAGAAAUCGAUUCUCGAAAAGAACACGAAUAUUUUUCAUCCUUUUUUCCAUCAUUCUCAUCAUCACAGGUUUUAUCAUGUUCCUUCUUGUUUUAUAUCAAGUUUACGACGAUUUGAAAACUGAAUCAAUUCCUCAUGAAGUUUUAUGUAAAUGGUGAUCAAAGAUCAUCAUCUUCCUCUCUCAUUCAUCCCAAUCAAUUCCGAUUCCAAAUUUUUUCAUUCUCAUUUUUUUAUUUGUAAAAUUUUCAUCGAUUUUUUGAUUCACUAAAGUCACAAUUUUAAUCGCUAAUAAACAGAUUUAUUGCUCAGACCAAA